CGAACAAAAGAAAAAUCUAAAUCAAAUCAGUAUUUGGUGUGACCACCCUUUGCCUUCAAAACAGCAGCAAUUCUUCUAGGUACACUUGCACACAGUUUUUGAAGGAACUCGGCUAGUAGGUUGUUCCAAACAUCUUGGAGAACUAACCACAGAUCUUCUGUGGAUGUAGGCUUUCUCAUAUCCUUCUGUCUCUUCAUGUAAUCCCAGACACACUCGAUGAUGUUGAGAUCAGGGCUCUGUGGGAGCCAUGCCAUCACUUCCAGUGCUUCUUGUUCUUCUUUACGCUGAAGAUAGUUCUUAAUGACUUUGGCUGCAUGCUUGGGGUCAUUGUCCUGCUGCAGAAUAAAUUUGGGGCCAAUCAUACGCCUCCCUGAUGGUAUUGCAUGAUGGAUAAGUACCUGCCUGUAUUUCUCAGCAUUGAGAACACCAUUAAUCCUGACCAAAUCUCCAACUCCAUUUGCAGAAAUGCAGCCCCAAACGUUCAAGGAACCUCCACCAUGAUUCACUGUUGCCUGCAGACACUCAUUAUUGUACCGCUCUCCAGCCCUUCAACAAACAAACUGCCUUCUGCUACAGCCAAAUAUUUCAAAUUUUGACUCAUCAGUCCAGAGCACCUGCUGCCAUUUUUCUGCACGCCAGUUCCUAUGUUUUCGUGCAUACUUUAGUCGCUUGGCCUUGUUCCCACAUCGGAGGUAUGGCUUUUUGGCUGCAACUCUUCCAUGAAGACUACUUCUGGCCAGACUUCUCCGGACAGUAGAUGGGUGUACCUGGGUCCCACUGGUUUCUGCCAGUUCUGAGCUGAUGGAACUGCUGGACAUCUGAUUUUGAAGGACUAUAGAAAAACAAAUUUUGGAAAAACCAGUGGACAAGCAGGAUGCCUAUAAGAUGCUUUCCAGGUUAAGUGGCAAAGAACAUAGUGUUGUCACAGGUGUUGCAAUUGUUCACUGCAGUAGCAAAGAUGAUUAUCUAGAUACUGGAGUCACUGAGUUCUUUGAAGAAACAAAAGUCAAAUUUGCCGAGCUCUCUGAGGAACUUCUGUGGGAGUAUAUCCACAGCGGUGAGCCAAUGGACAAAGCUGGUGGAUAUGGGAUCCAAGCCCUUGGGGGAAUGUUGGUGGAAUAUGUUCAUGGAGAUUUCUUGAAUGUGGUUGGGUUUCCUUUGAAUCACUUCUGCAAAAAACUAGGUGAACUGUAUUAUCCACCCCCGAAACACACCAUACAUCAUAUAAAAUAUGACUCUAUCCCUUCAGUGGAGACUUUUGAGAUUCUAAGUGAUGGAGACUGUGAUUCUUCAGAUAAUGGAAAAAUGGAAGAUGCCAAAAGGCUAACAAAUGGUGGACUUACGGAAUUGAGAAAAUGCAAAGAGAGCAAUUGCAGUUAUAAGAUACCUAUGGAAAUUCAAAAUGGAAUACCAAGAAACGUAACACAGUGCCUCUCUAAACUUACAGACCUUCUGGAUGGAUUUAAAGGCUCAAAGGUUUUGUUUGUGGCAUGUAAGCUGAAAAUAUUUGAUCUUCUUAAAGAUAGGGGCACUGUGACCACAGAAGAUGUGGCAAAUCAACUUAAUACUUCCCUACGUGGAACAGAAAGAUUACUCGAUGCCUGUGCUUCUCUUGGUCUGUUGGAAAAGAAUCAUCAAGGUUACAGUAAUGCAGAACUGACAAAUCUAUGCCUGGUAUCCAAUAGUGAAUAUUCACUUCAUGACUAUAUUCUUCAUUGUAAUGACCACCUGUGGCCUUUGUUUACACAUUUGGAGUUAGCAGUUAAAGAAGGAACUUCACAGAUACAUCAUACAUCUGAGAAAAAAGUGGAUGAUUUGUUUCAGGAUUUCCACUGUCAGUCUGCAGGGGUGAAGCAACGUUUUGUGAGAGCCAUGGACAGCAGUUCCAAAGUGACAGCAAGAGACAUCGGCACAGCUUUUGAUCUUUCACAAUUCAAAGUUGUAUGUGAUUUGGGAGGUUGCACUGGAGCUUUAGCUUAUGAUCUAGUCCAGAUCUAUCCAGAAAUGCAAGUUAUUGUCCUUGAUCUUCCUGAAGUUAUUACGGAUGUCACCAGCUGUCAACUUUCAAAACAAAAUGCUUGUGAAGUAUCCUUUGUAUCAGGUGAUAUUUUCAAAGACAAUCUUCCAGAAGCAGAUCUUUAUAUUCUUUCAAGGGUUUUACAUCAUUAUUCUGAGGAAAAGAUUUCUCUACUGUUAAACAAACUCUCUGCUCUUUCCAAGCAAGGAAUUGCACUGCUAAUAGCAGAAAUACUGCUUGAUGAAAAGCGAAUAAAACCUGCUAGAGCCGUUUUCCAGUCUCUCAGUAUGACAGAAGGCAAGGAAAGAAAUGCAUUGGAAUACCAAGAGUUAUUAGAAGAACAUGGAUUCAGUAAUGUACAGAUUAAAAUAACAGGAAAUCUGCUAGAUGUAAUUUUGUGCUCUAAGAAACUAUCUUCUUAGUACAGUAUAAUAGCAUUGAAUUUAUUAUUUCAGUUUUCCAGAAUACUGUUUCUAUUUCUGAUUUUGAUGUCUCUGAAUUGUUGGUGAAUUGUAUGGAAAUGCUAUUCUACUUUUUAUUACUUGUUAAAAACUGCACUACAUGUAAUUUCCUUCUGAAAAGUCCUGUCUGUUUUUGUAACUAAUAGUAAUUGAUCUCAUUAAAUCAUUUCCCCUCCCCCAUUACAUGCUCUUUCUAACUCAAGGUGUGUAAUGUAAUCCCACAUCUUUUCUAUGCAUCAAGAGCUGUACAGAGGGCAGGCAUCAAUUCUAUAGUCCAAUAGCCCUAUUUUGUAAUGGCAAAAUCCAAGAAAUAUUAUGA